AUGAGUCCUCUGCUUGUUCCUUUUCUCCUCCUUUUUCGCCUUCUUUUCUUUCCCCAGAGUGUUUCUAUUGAUGAUGGACUCUUCACAAGUCGGGUUCUGAACCCCUUCCAUUACCAGAGGGAGAAGAUGCGCAUAAUGAAACAUGUGAAUUCGCUAGCCUUUCUAUACAACGAAUUCAAGAACAAUGUAGAGGAUCUGGAAAAGACAUAUGACAAUUUCCUCAAGGCCCUGAAGGUGUCAAAGGAAACAGAAGAAAGGUUGCUUAAAAUGAAUGAUCUUAAAACAGCGAACUUCAUAAGUGAAAUGGAAGAUCUAAAAAAUGAGUAUGAUGUGUUUAAAGAUUCUAUAGAGGAAAAUCUGAAUAAGAAAAAAGAGGAGUUCAAGAAAACGUUGAAAAUUAGCAUUGAUGGAUUUUUCAAAAAUUCUAUAAAAGAAUUAAAAGGGAUCACCAAGUAUAUUAACUAUAUAAAUUUGAAUGCUACGAAUUUGCAUAAACUUGUGUCGAGUAUUUUCUCCAAGGCCAUGAAUUUGAGUGAUAUAUAUGAACAGAACAUAAACCAUAUUUAUGAAAUAGGAAAGGAAUAUUAUCGAAUAAAAUUAAGUAGUUUAAAUAAUCAACUCAUUUCAGAAUAUGAAGAAUACAAUAAGACACUUGGCUUUGUAUCGAAUGAAAAAUAUUUGGAGAAAUUUUCAGAUAUAUUCUACAUUGAAAUGAUAAAAAAUUAUUUAAAAAAAUCUACUCAUAAAACGGUAAUGAUUGAUUUGUCUAAUAUAUUGGAGAGACACUCCUUCCAUGAGCUUUCCUACUUUUUUAAUAUUUUUCUAAAGAAUUUCGAAAAAGGUGUAAUCAUUUACGUUAUUAACAGAGUCGAUACAAACUACCAUAACAAGAAGAUGAUUUUUAUUGAAUAUUUUAAACUGUAUGAAUUAGUUCAGUAUAUUAAGAGUAAUUAUAAUCACCUCAAAGUGGACUUUAUAGAAAUUCAUGUGUUUAACAUGUACAUAUCCUUUUUCGUUAAUGCAAAUGGUAUUUUGUACCAUGUAAAUUAUGAAUACUUCCUCGACGCAAACUCCAUAAAUCUCUACAAUGCCCACAAUUACGGCUAUUUCUUCACCAACCAGAAAAUCCCCGACGAAGCAUCCUCAUGGAGCAAGAAUUACGGGAAGACACCUUUGAACAAUAGUCAUCAAGUUUCCCCCCCUCAGGAUCGCAUAUACGUUCUCUACGUGGGUAGUCGAGUCGUUCAAGAUAAUUGUAUCAUGUACAACCGAGAAGAUAUGAUCGAGUUCAAGAAGGAAAACGCUUACAAAAUUAUCCAGCAGAAUAAAUUCAACUCGCACGAUUCCUUCUUUAAUAUUUUUCUUCUGAAGCUCGAGUCGGAAUACAACUUCUACAACCAAUUUUUGAACAGUGAAUACGAAAAACUCUAUCGCUUCUCCGUACACAACUGCAACAUGAUUCUGACAUAUGACUCCCUUAGCAAGUUUGACAUUCCCCAUGAGAAGUUCACCUCGCACUUCAAAGACGUGUACGCCCUCAUCAUCAUUUACCCUGGAAGCAACAUCAGCUCCAUGUGCAGCCUCUUCAGCAACUACAUAUUUCGGGAGUCGAUUUACAAUAUACGGGAAGAGCAAUCCAAUGUUCUCGAAAUUUACGCAGAGAAAAAAAAACUGACCAUGCUUGUUAACAACAAAACGAAAAACUACUACGUCGACCUGAACAACAAAAAAAAUGAAGAGCCUCUCGAGACCAGUCUUCUCAAAAUGAAGAACUGUCUAAAGCAGUAUGUCAGGAGUAACUACGAUGACUACUUUGAUUAUUUGAAUAUCAUUUAUUUUGUAUCGUCUGAUUAG